AUGCCGCCAAGGUUUUGGAGAGGAAGAGGCAAGGGCCCAGCAACGAGCAAUGACCAUGAAGUCGAGCCUUCUCACCGGCAUACACCAUCGAUCACAAUGAGCACUAGCCCUCAGGAGCCAUGGAGGGUUUAUGUUGAACCCGGGAGGCGAUCUGUCUCCCUAAGCUCUUCACCUUCUUACUUACAUUCCUUUGGACCGCAGUCCGAAAACAAGCUCGUCAACCCUCCGCCUUCCUUCAUACCGUUGCAGCGGUCAAACUCGCACCAUUCUUUUGGUGACCCUACCCCUGCUUUCCAGAUCCGGUUCAAUCUGGCCAAUUUCAUCCAAGAACCCGUGGGUGUUAACCCACGUGGACGAGAAGAUCACUUUUCUGCGGCGUAUAACCCGUUUGAGUUGCCGGGCCACAACAGCUUCAACUAUGCUAAUGUGGACCCGUACCAAGAGGUGUGGGACUACAAUGUUCGUCACCCUGAAGGGCCCUACGGUGGUCCUUGGACUACCGGGUACCCACCAUAUGUGUACCAGCAACAGCCACCUCCUCAACCACCGUAUCAGCAGUCGCCGCAGCCGCAACUGAUUCCGCCGGAACAUCAACAAGUGGUCCUCGAUAGAUUGGGCCAAUGUGAGCAGGAAAUUCAAACGGCCUUAUGUGCUAUUAGUUAA